CUGAUGUUUCGAGCCGCGUUUUUAACAGUUUUAGUUCUUUUUAACUUCAAACGGCGUCAAACACCGUUAGCACCAAACAUGUUUUGUGACUGUACGCAGUUUUCCAUUGCUUUUCUACAAAAAUAUGCACUAGACAGGGUUUUUUUUUUACCGUAGCGACGCAUCUCGCCGUGUUAAGUGAAUAAGACAGUUAAGAACGCGUCUCGAGACAUACAGGUUCUGCUCAACGCAAGAACGCGUUCUAUGUGAACGGCCCCCAAAAUACCUGUCAAGCGCAUGUUUCCAUAGGAAAAUAAUUUUAAAACAGCGCUGAUGGACGCAAGGACGUAUUUGGUGUGAACGGCUCCUCAGUGUACACGCGUCGUCAGGUGCUGCUGCAGCCGUUCAUAAACACCCACCUAGAGAAGGACCGAGGGAUCUGCGCUUACAUCCGAGAUGGCAAAAGCAGACCAGCGAUUAGGGCAGCGAGAUGGAUCUGAUCAAAACUUUGACUACAUGUUCAAACUCUUGAUCAUUGGCAACAGCAGUGUGGGAAAGACUAGCUUCUUAUUCAGAUAUGCAGAUGACUCCUUCAGCAACUCCUUCGUCAGCACUGUCGGCAUCGACUUUAAGGUGAAGACAGUUUAUAGGAAUGACAAGAGAGUGAAACUCCAGAUAUGGGAUACAGCUGGACAAGAGCGUUAUAGAACUAUUACUACAGCUUACUAUAGAGGAGCCAUGGGCUUCAUCCUCAUGUAUGACAUCACAAAUGAAGAGUCUUUCAAUGCAGUCCAGGACUGGGCAACACAGAUUAAGACCUAUUCUUGGGAUAACGCUCAGGUGAUAUUAGUGGGAAACAAGUGUGAUAUGGAUGAGGAGAGAGUGGUGCCUUUUGAAAAGGGGAAACACUUAGCAGACCAGUUAGGGUUUGAUUACUACGAAGCAAGUGCCAAGGAGAACAUUAACGUCAGACAAGUGUUUGAGCGCUUAGUUGAAAUUAUCUGUGAGAAGAUGUCGGAAAGAGUCGAUACGGAUCCAGCCAUGGUAACCGGUGCCAAAACGACCCGGCUAACCGAUAAGCCGCCGCAGCUACCUCAGAAUUGUUGCUGAGUUCAAUCUUUCCUUGAAUGCAAACCUGUUAGCAGUGGAUCUGAUGUUCUUUGGUUUGAAGUUCUGUUAUGUGGAAAUCACAAUUGACCCGUACAGUUUGUAGCCGUCAAGUAGUUUAGUAAUCUAAUCUACAGUCCAUAAGAAACUCAAACCAGGGACUAUAGAGCAAAGCACAAAAACAUGUGGCUCUCAGAACCUUAGUGUUCACUGCUGAAACUAGAUUGAAAACACAAUCUAUUGUGGCACAAUCAUGCAUGGAUUAUAUAUCAAGUGUAGUAUAUACCAGUAGUUUAAUGGUGGUCACAUAAUUCGUUUAUACAGUAUAUAGUUCAAACAUAAUCAAAUAAUGGUGGUUAUUCUAUUAAAAUGCACAAAAAACUCAGACGUUUCCAGAAUGGCCAUUACUGAAAAUUAUGCAGAAUUUGAGUUUUGUUUUCAGGGUGGUUGAAAUGCUUUGGUUAUUUAUAUAAUCAGAAGAAAAUGCACAUUGUAUAUUGGAUUCCAUCUUAGAACUGCUGGCACAGUAUGCUUUUAAAGAAUAUGAGCACUUGUUUAAGCAAUCCUCAUAUAAUAUCAUGAUCAGAUAUCCCAUAAAACACAAAUUCACUUCUUACACAAGAAUAAAGCAUUCAAUUAUUAAUGUUAAAGCUUGUAUUGUCAGAAACCACAUAUGAUUGUUAUGUGUAAUAAUCGACUGAACACUCAAUUAACACAUUCUAUAGUCAGGUGAUGUUCAGUUUGUUAUGAAAAUAUAUUUAUUCUUCACUAAAAUCCUCGAGCUGAACGUUGACAAUUAAUAUAUAUUGUGAAUUUGUGCCAAGAUGUGUUUAUAAAUCAAAUAAUUGUAGCAAAUCCCUGUGGAUUGGUGUAUGGAUAAACUACUUUGGAUUUUUAUCAAGUGCUGUUACGUAUGAGUGUUUUAUGUAACUAUAGUAGAAUUUAUUCUAAAUGAGAUAUUUUUAAUUCCGAUGUUAUAGGCUACAUUUUUUCUCUGAGUAGAUAUUUAUUUUUAUCCUGCUGGCUUAUACUGGGAAUAUAUAGAUGUAUAUUUGCUGUUAGUGUAUUUUGAUUUGUAGAAAAUUUGCACUCGUUAAGUGAUUGUACAGAUUGUUGUGAAUGUUACUUUUAGAUGCAAUUUGUACAAAUAAAAGCACAAAUCAGAUUAAA